UACACCAAAACAUAAAUUUAAACAAAUUGAAAAUCAAAGUCACCCAUUAAAAGCUAGGAUUAAAUAUUCAAAAUUGUCCGUAAAAACCACGGAGAACGCGUGUUGAAGGGUGGUAAGUCGCGCACCUCCAGAACCAGGGAUGCAACGCGCACGACGCGACGAGAUUAUGACAUUUUCGCUGUCAAGUAAAGUUACAGCUGUGUCGUCUGCUGGCCGCGAUCCUGAGCCUGUUAUUGUAAUUAAUUGAAAUUUGUAGUUUUGGCCAUGUUCUCCACCACCACACACUCCGUGCCCUACCUGUACCUAGGCAACUUUAGCAGAAAGCCGCACUAUUAUUCCGUGAAUCGGACCAAACUGCAUGGGAGCGCAAGUGCGACGCGCUUGUCCAAGUCCACUCGGAGUCAUGACCUCGUGCUGGACCUGCGAAACCUGCUCAGUCGAUCGACCACCAGCUUACAGGGCAUGGUGGAGAGGGCGGCACGACUGAAUGGCAUCCUCGACCGGCAGCUGGUAAAUGAUGUGCUCGCCAAGGUGACCAGCAUACUGCCCGCCAUGCGCGACAUUCAAGUCACGCUGGAGGAGCCGGCCACAGAGAUCGGUCGUGUCCAGCUGCAAAAUUAUCAGUUUGAUGUUUCGCUAACCGGAGCUCCUGGUGCUCAACCCACCGGCGCCAAAGUCAGGGUGAUUCCAACCAUAACACCAGGUCUUCUUCGUCCACUUUUUUCCCAAUCACAACUGAAACACAUACGUGGCUUUAAGACGGAUCGAUCGAUUGAGGCGGAACAAAAGCGCAACCCUACCAUGACUUCCCGUCUGAAGAAUGCCUUGGCCAACUCACCUCAGCGUUUAGACGGGGACACAUCUAUCCAAGCCGAAAAGCUGAGACGACUGCUGGCCAAAUCCGAAGACCACGGAUUCAAUAAUGCGGAGAACCUGAAGAUUGCCUUUGCCGAGGGAUAUUUGGCAGCUGCCAAUGCUGAAGAUUCCCCAAAAUCUGGGAAAACAAUGAAGUAUCUUAAGACUUUGCAGACUCUCGUCGUAAUCGUCGUUUUCCUGGGCAUUUUCUUGAGCUUCUUUACAACCUCCAACGGAUCCGUCUUUCGCAGCAUCCAGCUGGGCAAUCAGGUCGAGGUAGAUCCGGAGGAGAUCAACGUCACCUUUGAGGAUGUCAAGGGCUGCGACGAGGCUAAGCAGGAACUGAAGGAGGUUGUUGAGUUCCUGAAGAGCCCCGAGAAGUUCUCCAACUUGGGUGGCAAGCUUCCAAAGGGAGUGCUCCUGGUUGGACCCCCGGGUACUGGCAAAACACUGCUGGCCCGCGCUGUCGCCGGUGAGGCCAAAGUUCCUUUCUUCCAUGCCGCUGGUCCGGAGUUUGACGAAGUGCUCGUCGGCCAGGGCGCCAGGCGAGUACGUGACUUAUUCAAGGCGGCAAAAGCCCGCGCUCCUUGCGUGAUCUUCAUCGAUGAAAUCGACUCGGUGGGCGCUAAGCGAACCAAUUCGGUGCUGCAUCCGUAUGCCAAUCAAACCAUCAACCAGCUGCUCUCUGAAAUGGAUGGCUUCCAUCAGAACGCCGGAGUCAUCGUUUUGGGUGCCACCAACCGUCGCGAUGAUUUAGAUCAGGCUCUGCUUCGACCUGGUCGCUUUGAUGUGGAGGUCAUGGUAUCUACGCCCGAUUUCACCGGCCGCAAGGAGAUUCUGUCUCUCUAUCUGACAAAAAUUUUGCAUGACGAAAUCGAUCUGGAUAUGCUGGCCAGAGGCACCUCUGGAUUUACCGGUGCUGAUCUGGAAAAUAUGAUAAACCAAGCGGCGUUAAGGGCCGCCAUCGACGGAGCCGAAACAGUAAACAUGAAGCAUUUGGAGACGGCACGCGACAAAGUACUUAUGGGCCCCGAACGAAAGGCUCGACUGCCGGACGAGGAGGCCAACACCAUAACUGCUUACCACGAGGGUGGCCACGCGAUCGUGGCCUUCUACACCAAGGAGUCGCAUCCUCUGCACAAGGUGACCAUUAUGCCCCGCGGUCCGUCACUUGGCCACACAGCCUACAUACCAGAGAAGGAACGCUACCAUGUCACAAAGGCGCAGCUGCUGGCCAUGAUGGACACAAUGAUGGGCGGCCGUGCUGCUGAGGAACUCGUGUUCGGAAUAGACAAGAUCACGUCGGGAGCGAGCAGCGAUCUCAAGCAGGCCACCUCGAUUGCCACGCAUAUGGUAAGGGAUUGGGGCAUGUCGGACAAGGUGGGACUGCGCACCAUUGAGGCGGCGAAGGGUCUGGGCACCGGCGACACCCUUGGACCAAACACCAUAGAGGCCGUGGAUGCGGAGAUCAAGCGAAUCCUUAGCGACAGCUACGAACGGGCGAAGGCCAUCCUGCGGAAACACACCAAGGAGCAUAAAGCAUUGGCGGAGGCCCUGCUUAAGUACGAGACGCUGGAUGCCGACGACAUCAAGGCAAUACUAAAAGAAAGCCAGACGUAGUUCCCCAUUCUGUAUAGAUUGGUUUGUGGAGUUUAAGGAUCCAGAGGGUGGCCAGGGGUGGCCUACCAUCGGACAUUCAGCUGAACUGCUAAAUAUUUUUUAGUUACAAUAUAUAUAUAAAACUAAAUCGGAAAAAGAGCCAAGCAAGAGCGGGACGCAGACGGACAGUUAAGAAAUAAAAUGUUACACAUAUUUAAUUAUGUUUUCCAUCAUCUACGUUAGUAUUAAUUAUUAGUUUGAGUAAUAAAUCAAAUUGAAGUCGA